UCACGGAGGAGCAGACUGACAUUCUGCGUGUUGUUGCCUGAACCUAGAUGUCUGUGAUGCUGUUGUAAGCGAGUUUUUAAUCGCGCUGGACUUGUAAACACGGCGAUCAGUACGACUUCACCUGUGGGAGCAUCACCUCCACGAACAAGCUCUCUCUCUCUCUCGUCUGAGCGUGAGGUCACUCUACUCACAUGCGCGGCGGAGGAAUUAUCUGGGGAUUUUAUUUAACCCAAGAACAAUGAAAAACAUGCAUCAUCCAUAAAGACUGAACCCUCCACCCUGGUAGAGCAAUGGAAGACUCGGUGAAGUCCUUGCCCAUGACUGCUUCACAAGGGAAUCAGUUUGUGGCCUGGGACAAGAUGACCAAUGUGGAGAAGGACUGCCCUGUGAUGCCAGCAUUCAUAGAUGAUGACAUGUUAAAACAAUUUGCCAGGCAAGGAUAUUGGGCAAAGAACCACUCUCUAAGGGGCAAAGUCUAUGAGCAAAUCAUCAAAGCUGUCCCAUGCAGGACUGUGACUCCAGAUGCUGAGGUCUACAGAGAUAUUGUGGAGAAAAUCACUUGGAAAAGAAAUGCUUCCACAUUAUCACUGCCAGAAUUUGUGGAUGGCAGCACCAUCCCAAACUAUUGCCUGAAUGUGAAUGGAAUUGGUGCAGUUAGGAAGAUAGUGGUGUGUAUUUCCAGCCAGUUUCCAGAUAUCUCUUUCUGUCCUGUGCUUCCAGCCAUCGUGGCGCUGCUCCUGCACUACAGUGCAGAUGAAGCAGACUGCUUCGAAAAGGUCUGCCGUCUCCUUGCCUGCAAUGACCGGACAAAACACUUCUUCGACCAAACCUUUCUAGCCUACAAAUCCUCCUGCAUGACUUUCGGAGACUUAGCUAACAAAUACUGCCCGGGAGCUCACAAGUUGAUUGUAAGUGCUUCAGAGGAUGUACUAGAAGUUUACUCUGAUUGGCUGCGAUGGAUAUUUGGAGACUUCCCCUUUAACUAUGCAGCUCGUGUGUUGGAUAUCUUCUUUGUUGAAGGAUGUAAGGUCCUGUACAGGGUGGCACUAGCUCUCCUCAAGUUCUUCAACAAAUUCAGAAUCAAACAGCUUGGGAAAUCUGCCAAUGUUCGAGCUGACAUUCAGAGCUUUGCCCAGGGGAUCAGCGAACACAUCUCAGUUGAGAAGCUGUUGGAGAAGGCAUUUUCCAUUCGUCUAUUCUCCCGUAAAGAGCUCCGUUUACUCAGAGAUGCUAAUGAGAAAGCACUGAAGAAAAAGGGUGUCACUGUCAAUCAAAAGAGACAUAAUAUCCACCUUGCUGUCAAUAUUGAAAAUUUCAAAUCCAAUAUUGUCAGUGCAAAGGAGAUGAGAGAGAUUUGGUCCUGGAUCCCAGAACGAUUUGCACUUUGCCAACCAAUGUUGAUUUUCUCUACGAUGGACCAUGGUUAUAGUUUGAACAGAUUUUACAGUCAUUGUGAGGGUUAUGAGCCAACCAUCAUUCUCAUCAAAACAACUAAGGAUGAGGUCUGUGGAGCCUACCUUUCAACUGACUGGAGAGAAAGAAAGCGAGAAGGAAACAAGCUAAGCUAUUUUGGCACAGGGGAAUGCUUUGUGUUCAAGCUGCAGCCUGAAAUGGUGCGAUAUGAAUGGGUUAUCAUUAAGCAUCCCGAGCUGGAAGCGGCUAAAGGCUGCUCAGACUCGUUUGCAGAUUCACCAGAGCAGCCCAGUGUUUUGGAUGCUGAAUCCUGUAAAGAGCGGGGUUUACUUGCUUCCCGUGAAGACCCCUCAGACAGAUUAUCACCUUUUCUUGCUACUCGUCACUUCAGCUUGACCACCAAAGCCACGUCCAUGUUCAUGGCCGGAAAUCCAGACUCCAUUAUAGUUGGUGGUGGUGGCUGUCCUGCAUUGUACAUCGAUGAGAACCUGAAUCACGGCACAACUGGACACUCCAGUACCUUUGACAACCUUCCUCUGUGCUCGGAAACUUUUCAGAUCAGUACACUGGAAGUGUGGGGCUUCCAGGACAAUGUUUCCAAUUGAAGGCAUCUUUGGGAUGUAUCCUGUCUCAUGGAAUCUCUACAAUCAUAUCAUGCUUAUUUUUUGUGUAGACUCUGGAUUCCUGCUAAGAUGUUUAUUAGUGCAGUAUUAUUUUUGCUUCAGACUCCAUUGAGUCAGAAGUGUUGGAAUGAGGCAAUCUCCUGUGAGGAGGAAGAAACAAAGUCCACCAUGAUGGUGCUCAAAAAACUAAAAAUAACAGCAGCUGUUGGAGAUCUAAAUUAAAAACAAACUUGGAGAUAUCAGUUAACUUUUUGAGGAGAGAGAAACAGCUAAUAAUAAGUUUUGAUCUGAAGUGUUAAUUUUGUUCCUCUUUCUAUAGAUGCUGACUACCUGUGUUUUCUGUUUUUGUUUCAUCUAUAUAGUACCAUCUGUAUAUUUCUGACUUCAUGCCAGUUUCACGUAUCAUGAACCUAUCGGUAGCAAAAGAUCUAACCUCGUGGAUCCAGAUUGGUCACUCUGUAAGGAUGUGAUGCACCAUUAUGUGAAUUAGCUCUGCGUUUCAGUUGUAUUACAAGAACAAGCUAGAAAUUUAUCCUUGCUCAUGUGCAUGAUGCAAGAGCAUUUGCGACUUGUACUUCACUUCUGACUUCAGUGGAACUGAACUUCAGAUGUAGUGUUUAGUGAGCAAAGCUACCCAUGUGCUUGGGACAAACUUCUAAUCCUUACCAUCUUUCUAAAUGUAUAAUUAUAUAUAUUCAUUUAUUAAGUUGCAAUGAGGAAUGAAGUACCUGUGUGCACAUUAUCAGAUUGUAACCCAUUCUGUGCUGUAGUGAUGUGGGAGACUAUUUAAGUGCAGUCUGGGUCAUAAUGAACAACAAACAAUCUGCUAGAAGAACUCAGCAGGUCAAGCAGCAUCUGUGGAAGGGAAGGAAUGUUGACAUUUUGGGCUGAAAACCUGCCUCAAGAUUUCCUUUCCUCUCACAGUUGCUGUCUAACCACGGAGUUCUUCCAGAGGAUUGUUACUGCAGGUUCCAGUCUGCAGUUUCUUGUGACUCCUGGGUCACAGCGAGGUUAGGAUACUGCUUGUGGGGAGCUGCCAACCGGAGAAAACAGGUUAAUUAAUGCACAGUGCUAGAAACAAGAUUUUGUUUUUUAAUCAAAUUUAUGCACAUCUCCAUAAGCUUUUCUUUUUCAUUUAUCAUUUCAGUAUUGUUUCAAAUUGCACUUUUCAAGCUAAAUGCAGAUGGGAGAACAAUCUUUCUUAUCAAGUGCACUAUUUUACUUUGAUGAGAUGUCUUUGCAUGCUGCAGAUUUAAGCUCGUUCAUCUUCCAUACCAAUUACUGCCCUCAGCUAACCCAAAUAGUUGUGCAGAUUCUAUCGCAAGAAACAGCUAUUCCUAUAAAUCAACAGAGAGGGCACGACCCAAUUGAAUUUCCCUUCCCUCUUUAAAGCCAACUUUGGCAGCUGUUGCUGGCAAGCUGGGGAUUGGUUCAUUAGUGCUGGCAUCAGUGCACCUGGCACCUCAACACAAUUGGCAUGGCUGAUUCUAGAAUCCAACAGUGCAUAUCGUAAAUGGUUUUAAGGAUAUUCAAUCUCCAUCAGAAUCGCAUCAGAAUGUGUGCACAACUAAGUUUUUCCCCCGUUCAGUAUUCUACAUAAUGUAUGACAAUUCUCAGUGUUACUAUCAAACUCUUGGAAGCAGCUACUUGUUUGUUUACAAGAACUGAAUGCAAUGUGUCCUGUAUAUUGUCUGGCUACAUUCUCAUAUCACAACCAGAAGGUUGAGAUUCAUUCAGAAACUUGCUACACCCCAGCCAGGCACAAUAAAGUGUAAGCGGCCUCUUUGAGCAGGUAAAAAUCCUUUAACAUAAAUCUUAAGAGGUAACCUUUUGACCAACUUAAAUCAAAGAGAUGGUUGUGGGCUUAACUAAUUUUUUUAUGGUGCCCCAUUUAAGAGUAGCGUUUACCUGUAUCAUUUUUUCCCCUCUGUUAGCAAUGUAAGAAUUCCAGUGUUCCAACAAUUAUGGAAAGGAGUUGGAAUGUCAGUUGUGACACAUUUUUAUGCUCAAAGCCACUGGCCGUUACUAGCAAUCAUGCACUUAAAAACUGGCCAUGUCCACUAUUUUAGUGAAAGAGUUAUCACACUUACAAUAAAUGGAUUAAAUAUUAGAUAGAUAAAGGUUCAUCAGUUGUGCCUACUCAUUUGCACAGAGCAUAGCUCAGGGCCACAGCUUCCAUCUUUCUCCUUGGUCAUUUUUUUUUUCCCUUGAGGUGUUCUAGGGAUAUUAGCAGAUUGGACAUCAAGUUACUGCUUGACUCCCACAGGCUACCAUAAUUCCUGGCAAAAGAUUGUUCAUGUUUAAGAUAAACCUUUCAAAACUAUUUGUGUAGAAAAAGUUUAUAAAACAAUAUAUAACCUCCCAGAUGGCAAAAAUCCAAACUAGAGCAUUAAAUUAAAUAAUGAUAACAUUUGCUAACUGGACACUUAAUGUUAUAUGGUCCUAAAACCAAUGACAAGUAAGUGACAAAGUGGGGGCAUAAAAAUGGUGAGCUUGUUCUUCAGUGCAGGAAGUUAUUGAGGACUAAACCACUGAUAGCUGCUACACUAAUUUGGAUAAAGAAGAAAAAGCCCUUAAAACAACCAUUGCUACAUGAGGCCACUUACAGCUUGGAGUCAGUUUUACAGAAGCUGCUGUUUUUGUUCACAAGCUCACCUGUUUUAAAGGGCUCCUGUUACCAGUGCUUAUAGGUGAAUUGUGUCUAUUUGGAUUAAACUAAGUUUACAGAAUAUUGACUUCAUCUUUGGAAGCAAGUUUUGUAGAACACACCCUGAAUUAGAGUAUUUUUCAAGUCCUGUAGAGCGCACCCUGAAUUAGAGCAUUUAUCUUUUGCGUGGAAUUUACGAGUUGAAUAACCAUGAAAUCAUUCCAAGAUCGCCAGUUGAGGCAUACAGUUUCAGGACUCUGGGACAGUGCAAUUGUUGCCUUCCACAAGAGAGGUCAUAUUUUGGGUAAGUGCAAUAUUUUUUUAAAUUGGUGAACCAUAUCAUUGGAACCUGAGCUGUGGAUUAAUGUAGGAUGUUUGUACAUAUCUGUGUUCCAGCCAUCUAUCUGGCAGUGGUUGGGCUGUUCUUGCAAAAACAGGCACACAGCAAGGCAGCUGAGGGCAAAAUAGGGGCAACUGUUUACUUUCACGUUCAAGUCAUUGUAAAUAUCUCCAUGUAACUGUGGCUUUGUACUUGUAAUCCAUUAUGAUGCAUUACUGUUGAGAAAGUGGUCUAUAGUCAAGGAGAAUAUCUUUGGUAGAUGAUAUUAGACUUGUAUAUUGUAUUUAAGUAUUGCGUGCCACCAGUGUGUAUUUUUCAAUGCUAGUGAGAAAAGGCUUAAUUGUAUCAGGGUAGCUGAAGCCUUUAGUAGUUUGGAGGUGCUGUCACGUUGUUGUAGUUUCGUUUGUGUAAGUGCUGUUUUUAUGGUUCCAUUAUCGUUCAGCCACUGCAGUCAGAACCCACCUUUCAGUAAGGCUCCUGAUCGCUCUGUGCCUGUGGUAGCACUGAGCAUCAUCAAGCACUGACUGGUGGCACGCACGCUCACUGUCCCCACACCAAAAGCAAGGAAGAAAUCUUCAUUUCUGAAGUCCCUUGUGUGGUGGAUGGAGAAGUAGCACUAAUUGCCCUGUACCCUAAGUGAAAGGUGGAAGCAAUGAUAUGAUCCACCAUCCCUGUAGACCAGAGAUGGUCACAACCCCAACAAUGUGUUGAUGUUUAUUAUGCUUUAAAAGAAUGUGAUUAAUCAUAUCUUCAACAAUUUAAUAUUGCCUAAGGUUAAUGAGAAAUUUGUGAAUAUUCCAUAUAAGUGUAUCAGUCUAGCUCUGUUUUCUUCCCCUUAAUUUGCUUCUUGACAUACUCAAUUCCGUAUGUGAUAGACCUUCGUACUAUAAAGGGGAAAAAGAAACUUACUUCUUGGUGCUUUCAUUAUGGUAUGGAUAUGCAGUGUAAUAUCUGUAAGUGUCACUGAGUUACAGGUUCUGAAAAGUAAAAACAUAUCCAGCACGUCUCUUGUGACACUUUGAUAGGCAUGGAUACAACUCCAUUUUAUCAGACUUGGGUUCUGAGAAUCUCGGUCUCCCUCAACAAAGCAGGCCAAAGUGCAGUGUGUAACACUCUGUUCACAGGUGGUUGUGUAAACUGCAGUUGUACUGACCCAGGUGAAGGCAACAAGAACCACUCCACCCACAGCUUUGGGAAGCUGUCAAGUUUCUAUAUCAUAGCCAUGAACAUGAAAUCCCCAUAAACUUACCAGGCCGUUAAGUACUCUGGGCCAUUUAAAAAAGGGACGGGUAUCUGAAAGUCUCUCCAUUUUAAAUGUGCUCAUGUGUAAAAUAAGUUACCAGCUCAAAGAGGAAAGAUGUAUCGUCCUUGUGGAAUCUCAUUGUGCAAUAAAGUGUGUGUAAACCAAA